CGCAAAGGGCGAAAGCAGAGUUGGGAGCUAUUUUUGCAGAAUCCUUGCAGGGCUGUUAGGCAAACAAGAGCCAUACCAGAGUAUACUGGUGCUUAACACCAUGAGAUAACAGCUGACCAUGACCAUGAGUGUACAAACGGAGACCUCCACCUUCGAGCCCAGCUGUCCCACCUCCUGUAACGUCACGUCGUGGGCGCGGCGGAACUGUACCGCGGAGAACGUGCGCGGGAAGUUCCCCAUCACGCUGUGGCUGCCACGGUACCAGUGCAGCUGGGUACAGUCCGACUUCAUCGCAGGCCUGACCGUGGCACUGACGGUUAUACCUCAGGGACUCGCGUACGCACAUCUCGCUGAGCUACCUCUACAGUAUGGCCUGUACUCGUCCUUCAUGGGUUGUCUUGUGUACUUUUUCCUGGGGAGUUCCAAAGACAUCACCCUGGGUCCCACAGCCAUCAUGUCCCUCAUGGUGGCCAGCUAUGCUGAAGGGGACACCACCUAUGCCGUGGCCCUGACCCUGCUGUGUGGCUGUAUACAACUGGGGAUGGGAAUCUUCAGACUAGGUUUCUUGGUAAACUUCAUCUCAUUUCCAGUUAUCAAUGGUUUCACAUCUGCUGCAGCCAUCACUAUAGCUUUUGGACAAGUUAAGCAUGUCCUGGGGUUACACAACAUACCAAGAGACUUCUUCCCAUGUGUCUACUACACCUUCAAGAACUUAGGAAAAACUAAUCUGUGGGACCUGUUGAUGGGAGCGGUGUGUUUUGUGUUGCUGCUGCUGCUGAAGUGGCUGAAGGAUGUGAAGUGGGACAGUCCAGACGAGGUCGGGUACAGUCCCACACGCUGGCAGCAGGCCGGCAGGAAGGUCGUCUGGCUCAUAGGAACAGCCAGGAAUGCAGUGGUUGUAGUGAGUGCAGCCCUGGUGGUUGUAGCACUGAAGAGUCAGGACAUUGAUGUGCUAACCCUCACAGAGCAGGUCCAGCCUGGGCUGCCUGCCUUCAAACCUCCCACCUUCACAGUGCAUCAUGGGAACACCACAGAAACAGCUGGGGAUAUAUUACAGGGUCUUGGAGCAGGCCUUGCUGUGGUGCCUUUGAUAGGCUUUCUGGAGUGCAUAGCCAUUGGAAAAGCAUUUGCCCGUCAGAAUAACUACAGGGUUGAUGCAAACCAAGAACUUUUGGCCAUUGGUAUGGGAAACAUCGUCAGUUCCUUUGUUUCUUCUUAUCCAAUCACAGGCAGUUUCUCCAGAACUGCAGUGAACUCUCACAGUGGUGUGAAGACACCUGCUGGGGGACUUGUCACAGCUGCUGUGGUGCUGCUGGCCCUGGGCGUGCUGACCCCGUCCUUCCACUACAUUCCCCAGGCAGCGCUGGCCGCUGUCAUCAUCUCCGCUGUGCUGACCAUGGUCGAUUUCAUGGUACUGGUCAAGCUGUGGAGGCUGCAAAAAUUGGACCUGCUUCCUCUAGUCUGUACAUUCUUUGGUACUUUUAUUGGCAUUGAGUGGGGGAUUCUAGCGGGAGUAGGUGUGUCUGCGAUGAUCCUGCUCUUCCCACAGGCCAGACCUGGACUCCUGGUAGACAACAAGGAUGUGUUGAUAUUCCAGCCAGACAGAGGUCUCCACUACCCCGGUGUGGACUUCAUCAGAACCCUACUGUAUGACAGGGCACUCAAAGAAAAGCCCUACAGACCAGUGGUGUUGGACUGUUCCCACAUUGCCAGUAUAGACUACACUACAAUACAGGGACUAAAAGAAGUGUUGGAAGAGUUCAACAGAAUGCGUGUGCCUCUCACCUUUGCUGCACUUAAGCCUCACCUGCAGGAGGUGCUGACAGCUGCGGACCUGCCAGGUUUCAGGUGCUAUGCAACAGCCAACGAGGCCGCCAACUGUAUCUAUGAAGAUGGUGACCCAGAAACAAACCCUUACACUCCCCUGCUGAAUGCAGUACAGCACUGACAUGCUAGGGGGCAGUAGAAGGAGGGAACAAGUUCCAUCAUGUCACACAUGAUAACCACCUGUAUGUGAAUCAACGCAUUCUUCAUUUUGUUGAUUGUUUGUUGGUAGUAGAAGGCUACUGAUUUUAAAAUAGUGACACAUAAUUGUGAAAAAGAUAUUAAUUUUGUAAGAAAUAUUAGGAAAAGGAUACCUGUACGCAAAUUUUCAUGUUCAUAGUGUGUCCAGUGAUACUAGAUGAAUCCGUAAAAUUUUCCACACUCAGAUUCAUACAGAUUCCAAAAUUUCUGAAAGUCACUUUGUCACUCUGAGAACGGAUGGCCAAAUUUGAAAAGUGAAUACAUCUUGAAACUUCAGCUUCUUGCUAAAAAUUUAUCAAACCAAACCAAUAUCUUUUGGAUAUCUAUCUUUAAGCAAAUCUACACACAUCUGCUCUACUAUUACUGGAGCAUUCUUAGCUCAUGUUUUGUUGCCUUUGAGUUAUCUGCUGGUAAUAUGGCCUUUGAUAUGAGCUAUUUUGAUCAGGAGUCUGAAAAUGUUGUAUUAAUGUAUUCAAACAAUUGUUUUACUGUAUUUGUUUUCAUUGUAUGUGUAUCGAAUUAUGUCAGUAAUCCACAUAACAACUGACUGAUGACAAGCAAGCCAUAAUACAAACCAAUUUAUUGCUGAUAAAUUGUAGAUACAUGACAUUAUAUGUACAAAAUAAAGGGCAGUUGCAAUUAUAGUAAAUACUACACACUACUGGUACUUCUCAAGUAUACUUACAGAAAACAUAAGAAGUGUAAAGAAUUGUUGGUUUAAAGAGAUAUGGAAAAGGACUUCUUGCCAAUACCUGCUAAUUUAAUUGAGUUUUCUUUUGUUAUUAUGGACCUUUUGGUCUAAACUUAAUGAAAGAAAUAUAAAAUGAUGAUAUAUUUUGAUUUGAUUUAUUGAAAUUGCAACAGUGCAAUACACGCGGAACAG